AUGAUAGAAGUUAUUUGUAACGAUCGUCUUGGUAAAAAAGUUCGUGUUAAAUGUAAUUCUGAUGAUACAAUUGGUGAUCUUAAAAAAUUAAUUGCUGCACAAACUGGUACAAAAGCCGAAAAAAUUAUAUUAAAAAAAUGGUAUAAUAUCUACAAAGACAACAUAACUCUUGCUGAUUAUGAAAUUCAUGAUGGUAUGAACAUUGAGCUUUAUUAUCAAUAG